AUGCUGUUGUGUUCGUUCAAUGGGCUCUUGCCGCGUAAGAAGGAAAACCCUAUGUAUGAGGUGAGGGCUUUUGACUCGAUGGAGCUAUGGCGGACAGCGUCGAGGGACGAUAAAUCGGUGGAGAUGGAGGCGCUACUGAUGGAUUUCAGCCAGUUCGUCGAAUUUGCAAGAACAGAGCCAGGCAUGGCAGGCACGGAUCCAACGAUGGAGAUGUGCCAGAGCAAGCAGGCAGAGAUUCCAGCCGCUGGAGAUUUCUUUGCCAAUGGAUCGACUGGAGCUUUCCCGAGCGUGUCUGGGACGGAUUUUCAUGGAUCCAUGGGAAAUUUCCAGAGCUCGGGGAUGGACGAUGGUGUCUACUUGGAGCCAGCUCCCAUGGAGCCGGCCGGGUCGUGUGAGGCCGAUCCCCUCAAAGACCCGGUGAUUAGCUACAUCUCCGACAUGCUCAUGGACGAGGACACAGACGAGAGGACGUGCAUGUUUAUCGAUUGCUCCGGGUAUAAGUCCAUGGCCAACGAGCUCACGCAGAUCAUCUCCGAUUCUUCCUCGUCGGGUGCUUCGGAGUCAGAGAACACAAACAAGGGAGCAGUCGAUUCGUGGAUCCAUGGUGUCUUGAACAACGACGAAGUGGUCGACUCGGAUGUGAGAGUCGAGGGUCGGACCAUGUCCGACGAAGAGUACGAGAACACCGUGCACAAGAUGAUGAACGAGAUUCAGGCUUUGACGGCUGCCUCUACGCCCGGUGGCGAAGGUGGUGGCCAUGAAGGUGGUGGUCAUCGGAAGGUGGUGGAGGAAGAAGAGUCUGUGAAUAUUGUGGAGCGGGAUGCACUGUCCUUGCAGUCGCUGCUCCGGGAGUGCUCCGAGUUUCUCAAAGAUGCGCCAGGGAAGGAUGCUGUUCAUGACCACGAUCCAUGGUCGGGGGAUUUAUUCGCGACGCACGACCAGCUCGUGGCUGGGCAUGUGAGGACUCCUGCAGUGCUUGACAACGACGCCAUUGAAACCGAGAAGGCCAUCCGACAGGAGCUGCACGGCAAACUCAUCGAGUGUGCGCAGGCGGUGGCUGCGGAUGAUGUAUCCAAGGCUUACGGGAUUGUCAACGGGAUCAGGGACAAAGCCUCGCCGCGUGGAAGCGGCACGGAGAGAAUGGCGUUCUACUUUGCCGAGGCUUUAGUUGCACGUAUAACCGGUACUGGCACGCUACUCUACAGUGCUCUCUCCAGCAACAAGCCGGCGUUUCACGAGAUGCUGAAAGCGUAUCGGCUCUUUACUCGCUACUCUCCGAACGUGAGGAUAUCGCACUACGUCUGCAACCAGACUAUUCUUGAUGCUACAGUGGGGGCCGGCAGGGUGCACAUUGUCGACUAUGGUAUCCUCUACGGGUUCAUGUGGCCCUGCCUCAUCAAGGCCUUCUCCGAGCGCGAAGGUGGUCCUCCGCACUUGCGUAUAACAGGAAUAGAUUUUCCUCAGCCUGGGUUCAAGCCGGCGGAGAGAGUUGAGGAAAGCGGGCGGAAGCUGUCGGAAUACGCCAAGCAAGUUGGAGUUCCUUUCGAGUUCCACGCUAUAGCAACAACCAAAUGGGAGGGCGUGCAGCCAUCAACCUUAUUUCUCAGGCACGACGAGGUGUUGAUCGUGAGCUCGCAUUUCCGUCUGAGACACUUGCUAGACGAGUCGGUGAUGGUGGACAGUCCAAGAAAGCUGGUACUCUCCAGGAUACGAAGCAUGAAACCGAAGGUCUUUAUACAGGCGGUGGUGAAUGCCAACUACAACGCUCCAUUUUUCAUCAGUCGGUUCCGCGAAGCUCUCGCAUUAUAUGCAGCGUUCUUCGAUGCGAUCGACACUGCAAUCCCUCCUGAGUAUCCGGAAAGGCUCCUCAUUGAGCAGAGCAUUUUGGGACGCGAGAUCCUCAACAUUGUGGCGUGCGAAGGCCAGGAAAGAGUAGAAAGAGCGGAAACGUACAAGCAGUGGCAGUCAAGGACUGUGAAAGCCGGAUUCGAGCAGCUUCCUUUGCGUCCAGACAUUUAUGCAAAGGCGAGAACGAUGCUCGGGACAUAUCACAAGAGCUUUGGGAUUGGCCAUGAUGGAAACUGGCUGCUCAUAGGAUGGAAGGAGACGGUACUGCAUGCCGUGUGCUCGUGGAGAGUACGCUGA